AUGACGGGUCCUGGUUGGUGCUGAUGAGCUGUUUCACCUUUUCUCUUUUGUCAGAGCACCAUCACACUGAUCCUGGCCACAGACAUGGCACGGCACGGUGAGAUAUUGGACUCUUUCAAACAAAAAGUGGACCACUUUGACUACAACGAUGAGGAGCACGCUACAUGUUUGAAGAUGGUGCUCAUAAAGUGCUGUGACAUCUCUAAUGAGGUUCGACCCAUGGAGGUGGCUGAACCCUGGGUGGACUGUCUGCUAGAGGAGUACUUCAUGCAGAGUGACAGGGAAAAGGCUGAAGCUUCCAGUGGCUCCAUUCAUGGAUAGAGAAAAGGUCACCAAAGCCACCGCUCAGAUCGGCUUCAUCAAGUUUGUCCUCAUCCCCAUGUUCGAGACUGUU